CUAUAUAUAAACGUAGACGUUUAUCCGUAAACAGAACUCAUGUUUCUGUGUUCUGUCUUUUUUUCCUGUUUCAAGAAUCCUUAUUAUUAUUUUGAGUUUGAUCUUCAUUUCAAAGAUGACUCUUCAUUUCAAUCUGAAUCUGAAGCAAAUGGGCAACAUGAUCUAUGAAGACUCAAGGAGGACCGAAGUAGAAGAAAACAUUGUGGAAGGAGUUUCAAGAUCGAUGUUAGCAACUGAAACAUUCUCCGAGGAAGAUUCAUCAUCUUGUUCAUUAUCUUCCAUGUGUUCUUCAUCUUAUUUAACAGAGGAUAAUGAUGAUGAUGCUUCUUCGUCUUCUUCAAAUGGACCUCUUGAAGAUCUCUCUGACCUCAUGUCACACCUUCCAAUCAAGAGAGGAUUGUCAAAGUUUUAUGAAGGAAAAUCUCAAUCAUUCACAUCACUAGCAAAUGCUAAAAGUCUUGAAGAUCUUGUGAAGAGAGGUUUUAAAAAUAGAAACUAUGGAGCAAGAAGAAAGGCGAAGAGCACUGGAGGAAUAAUAGAUCAAAGCUACAAAAGGGUUUAUUGCCCUAAAGCUACAAUCUCCAAGAAAGCCACAAGAACACCUUCUGUCCUCUCUUGUCUAGCCAGAAGAUGAUGUUAGAUAUCAGAGAAACAUUAGUCUUUCAAAAGUUUUUUUUAACCCUUUUUACGAUACAAAAAAAAAAUCAGUUUCACAGUAACAUAAUCCCCCAAAACAUCACCUUAAUCUUAAGUCUUUUUUUUUUUUGAUAAAAGUUAAUCUUAAGUCUUUUUAAGUCUUUAAGAGAUUUCAGUGUCUUUACCUGUGUAAGAAGAGUUAAAACUAGACUUGUUUAUACACUUUUUGGCCUUUUUAUUGUGUAGUUAGUUGUACGUA